ACUACAGAAGACCACGCAACAAUGUGCUUAGUGGAAAUCAUUUCGUGUCGUCGUCUUCAGCAACAUCACGAACCUCUUCCUGCUGCACUCGUGCGACUUCUGACAACUUUCACGCACUGUCGACUGCAGCGGUCACGAUGUCUCUCAAACCGAUAAUGAUUGUGCUGACCCAUUGAAUCGGACGUCCUGGUACUAGCUCAGUCUGCCCUCUCCGUUCCUUCGGCCUCCUUGAGUUGAGUUACCGCGGUCAAAAUACAAUGCACUCUCUGAAUAAAGGAACACGCGAAUUUCUUUCAAGCCAAACUCACAAUGGCACAAGAGAAUAAAGAACACAACUUCCAACAAUGCACCGAGUAGCGGCUGUCAAACGAAUUCUGAAGUGUGAGAGCAUCUCAUGGUAUCUACAUAAAUAUGAACACCCACCCUGUGUACGUUCUGCUCAUACCAAGCACCUCGACCCGCAGGAACCGGUCGAGCAACAUCAACGAACACAUCGCUUGAAAUCUCUUGACACACCUACAGCUCGGUAUCACAGUAUGACGACCCUACCACCGAAGAUCGAUUUUCUCAUGGGCGACGGACUGGUUCCGUGCCCACCAACCGACUGUCUGAUCUGCUUGAUCAGCGAGGCCAUCGAACCAACCAAGAUCUCAGUAUGCUCUCACACAGACGCCUACUGCGGCACAUGCAUCGUUCGCUGGCUGACAGACCACAGUAACUGUCCCUCGUGCAGAAAGAGGCUCUACGAACAUGACCACGACAUGGACCAGGAAAGCGUUUCCGAUGAGGAAAAUCACGAGUACUUAAGCCAACUGGACGACAUGGAAGACUUCUCACAUGGAGACCAGGUCAUGAGUGAAGAACAAACCGGCGAAGAAGCAAAUUUCGUCGACGAAGCAGCAAGACGCCACGAAGUCACUCCCAGAGAGUCCACCCUCGGCCUCCCAGUAAGUCUCCAACCCAACCACCACCACUACGUCCUCGACGAAGUCGAAAAUCCAGACUGGAUGAACCGCUUCCUCGUGCAGUAUGCUCGCUGGCGUAAUAGCCUUCCCGACGCAUCCUUCUCCCGCCCCGUCACCGAUGAUAUUUCCCGCCCCUGCCUAAUCGAACCCAACAUCCUCACAACCCAACUCCUCCAAACCGCAAACGCAACCCUCGCCCACAAAUCCGCCUACUUCACCACCAUCGAAGACGAGAAAUUCGUCUUCCAAACCCUCAUCACCACCACAUUCGAUUGUAUCCUCCUUCUCGAAGGCCAGAAUUUCGAAUCCCCUGACGCACUCUACUUCCAUUUCGCAGAGCUUCUCUGCAAAGAAUUGAGUAGCCGUUCGCCGGCUUUUGAGAUUUUCGUUACGGCUGAGGGUGAUUUGAUUGAGACUUUGCCGGAACAAAUGAGUUUUACGCAGGAGUAUGUUUGGCAUGUGAUUAAGGAGGUUGUUGGUGAGGCGGAGAGGAUUAAGGAGUUCAUGGAUACUGUGCAUUGGGAAUAG